ACAACACACAAACACAAACACAAACGCCCAAGCCUAACUGACGACCUUGCAAUCGUUGUGUUACAUGUUCGGUGGGUGUGGCAGCAGCAGCAGUAGCAGCGUGCAGGUAAGGUCCCAGCCCGGCAGGAAAGAGAAGAAGGACAACAGCAGGAGAUACAAGGGCAGCAGCAACAACCCCAGCAGCAGCAGCGCGAUGUUCAGGCGUAAACACCAAGAGGGCGGCGAUGAAGCCAAGCAGUCGCAGCAGUCGCAGCACGGCGACGACGGCACCAUGGUGAUGCCGACGGCAGUGGCAACGCACCUGUGGGAGGCCGACGUGGCCACCCUGGAGAAGGUGGGCGAGCUGUUCACGGAUGUGGCGCCACACUGGCGGUUCGUCAACCACAGCAGCGGCGAGACCAUCGCCCUGCGGCUGUUCCAGCAGGGCGAGGACGCACUGUACCUGAAGGAGCUUGGCGGCCCGCGGCAGGUGCGCGUGGACGACGCCUGGCUGGCCAUCUCCGAGGACCCGGACGAGAAGUGGAACAUGGCUCGCAUGGGCCUGCGCCUGCGCUGGGGCGCCAACAUCUGGGAAGGAUCCUUCAACGAGGACAAGACGGUGUGGUCGAGCACAACCGGUUACCUGCGUCACUGCUCGGACAAGUACGUCUGGCGCGAGGUCCUGGGCACGGGCAAGACUUUCACCUUUGUGGAGACACGGCGCGACGGCCCAGGCAUCGUGCACCUCCACGACCCGUCCCGCCACCUCCACGUUCGCCUCACGCCGACAGUGAUGCAGUUCAACACGGCCAUUGGCCAGGUUGGCCAGGAGUCGGAGUGGCAGGUCAUCAAGCGCGGCCACUGGACAGAUGACGGCGAGAGUGCCCUGACGCAGCAGCGGCUGGGCCAGAUGUGCCUGUCCACGUGGUCUGUGGACGACGUAUGCGACUUCUUCACCGCGCUCGGCCUCAAGACGUGCGUGCCAAAGGUGCGGCAGCUUUCGCUCGACGGCCUGACCCUGCAGCGCAUCGACGACAGCGACCUGAAGGAUGAGCUCGGUGUCACCAGCGGCAUCCUCCGCAAGAAGGUGCUGGCCAACAUAUCACGCGCCGUGCACACCACCCAGUACGAGCAGCUUGCCCCGCGCCCCGCCACCGCCAGCAACGCUGGCACCGGUCCUUCGGCCGUGUACACGGCAACGGUCAGGACCACCACGCCCGCAGCCCAUCCGCCAAGCACAAAGGCGGCUGCACCAGCGCCACCACAGCCGGCAUCGAGCGACGACAACAACGACGAGACCAGCGCAGGUAUUGGCUCGCACGCGUCGCGUGUGGCGGCCAGCCAAGCCGCGCGCAGUGACGGGGACAGCGGCCGCGAUGGUGCGACGAAGAAGGAGGGCACGGUGUUCCUGUCGUACACGUGGAAGUACCAGGAGCGAGUGCGCGCGGUUCGGGACAAGCUUGCGGACGAAGGGUACGCCACGUGGAUGGACAUCCAGCAGCUCUCUGGCGGGGACAACCUCCUUGCGCAAAUUGAUCACGGCAUCCGCACGUCAGACGUGGUGGUCUCGUUUGUGAGCUCCGAGUACUCCAAGUCGGACUACUGCCGCAAGGAGGUGAUGCUUGCUGAGAACCUGCAGAAGCCAAUCCUCUGUGUUCUCGUGGAGCCCGCGCCGCGCAUUCCCUGGCCGCCGACCGGCCCAAUGGGCCCCGUGUUUGCCGGCGCGCUGUACAUCGAGUACUUCAACGAGGAGACGAUUGCUGCCGUUGUCCGCGGUGUCACCGAUCGCAUCAAGCAGGCCCGCGCUCUCAAGGAUGCUGCCAAGGACUGAUGCUGCCCUGCUUGGGAAGCGCAGGAGGCCGGGGGUGUUGGGUUGUGGUGGUGAUGUUUGUGCGUGAUUCAUGCAUAUCCGUGCGUUUGAUUUACUUGUGUGGGUGUGCUGUUAUCUCAGUGUUUUCCAUUUGCUUCACGUGUGAUUGUGUUGCGGAUUAAUGGUCGGUUAUUAUGUUACAGCAAAAGAGGGGAGUAACGCCAAAACACGGCCUGUAUGAUGAUGCAAUAGUUUGUGUACAUGUAUGCGUGUGCGUUUGGGAUGUAUGUGCUUGUAAGAGUGUGUACAUGUGUGUGCAUGUGUGCGUCGAUCAAAAUAAACCGUAUGUUCCCUUCGAC